AUGGAGGCGAAGCAGCGGCCGCGGCACGGCGAGGAGAGGAGGUCGCCGGCGACGGACAGCUCCGGCGGCGGCGGCGGCGAGGAGUACGACCCAUGGACGGCGUGGCUCUACAAGCCGCGCACCAUCUCGGUGCUCCUCGUCGGCGCCUGCCUUCUCAUCUGGGCAAGUGGAGCACUUGAUCCUGAAGGUGCUGCUGCUCACAGUAGCGUGACUUCAAUCAAGAGGGGUGUCUGGGCUAUGAUUGCAGUCUUCCUUGCCUACUGCACGCUUCAGGCACCUUCAACGAUACUUAUUAGGCCCCAUCCUGCUGUCUGGCGCCUGGUACAUGGACUGGCUGUCGUUUACCUCGUUGCUCUUACCUUCCUUCUUUUCCAGAAUCGUGACGAUGCUCGCCAGUUCAUGAAACACCUUCACCCUGAUCUUGGAGUUGAAUUGCCAGAGAGAUCUUAUGGAGCCGAUUGCCGUUUGUAUGUUCCAGAAAACCCUAAAAACAAGUUCAUAAAUAUUUAUGAGACAUUGUUUGAUGAAUUUGUUGUUGCCCAUAUCCUUGGGUGGUGGGGCAAAGCUGUAAUGAUACGAAAUCAACUUCUCCUUUGGGUCUUGUCGAUUGGCUUUGAGUUAAUGGAGCUAACGUUCAGACAUAUGUUGCCAAACUUUAAUGAGUGCUGGUGGGAUAGCAUUAUCUUGGAUAUCUUGAUCUGCAAUUGGUUUGGUAUUUGGGCAGGAAUGCACACAGUCCGUUACUUUGAUGGUAAAACGUAUGAAUGGGUUGGAUUGAGCCGCCAACGAAGCAUCAUGGGUAAGGUGAAAAGAUCGUUGAGCCAGUUCACUCCUGCUCAAUGGGAUAAGGAUCAGUGGCAUCCUUUCAUGGGGCCACUGCGGUUCAUCCAAGUGCUGUUCCUCUGCGUUGUCUUCAUGACCGUGGAGCUUAACACAUUCUUCCUUAAGUUUUGCCUUUGGAUCCCUCCAAGGAAUCCCUUGGUCGUGUACAGAUUGAUCCUCUGGUGGCUGAUUGCCAUCCCUACCAUCCGCGAGUACAACUCCUACUUACAAGACAGCAAACCGGUGAAGAAGGUUGGAGCCUUUUGUUGGCUCUCUCUGGCUAUAUGCAUAGUGGAGCUGCUUAUCUGCAUGAAGUUUGGGCAUGGGCUGUUUCAUGACCCAAUGCCUACCUGGCUGAUCAUCUUUUGGAGCUCGGUUGGGAUUGCACUUGUGAUUUUCUUGCUUUCAUGGUCAUGGAGGAGUCACCAAAGAUUCAGGAGAAAGCAGCUGUGA